GUGUCGUGUGCUAUAGCGCCUGCUCUGCGCUGUGUAGCUCGCUGCACGACGUGAGGAAUGAAUCGUUUGUUUCAUCGAACAUCUUGUUAAAUGUUCUUUAUUUAUUGUUAACCAUCUUCCAUUUCAAACGAAGUGACACACAGCAAAGAGUAUAAGAGAUACGACCAGCAAAAUGUUUAAAAAAUUUGAUGAAAAGGAAAAUGUCUCAAACUGUAUUCAGCUAAAGACAUCUGUAAUCAAAGGCAUCAAGAAUCAGCUUGUUGACCAGUUCCCUGACAUUGACCCAUGGCUCAAUCAGAUCAUGCCCAAAAAGGAUCCAGUCAAAAUCGUCAGAUGUCAUGAACACAUUGAAAUUCUGACAGUAAAUGGUGAGCUGCUCUUCUUCAGGCAGAGAGAAGGACCUUUCUAUCCAACCCUGCGACUCCUCCACAAAUAUCCUUUCAUUCUUCCACACCAGCAAGUAGAUAAAGGAGCGAUCAAGUUUGUUCUCAGCGGAGCGAACAUCAUGUGCCCAGGGCUGACGUCUCCAGGAGCUAAACUCUAUCCUGCUGAUGUGGACACAGUAGUUGCGAUAAUGGCCGAAGGCAAGCAGCAUGCGCUCUCUGUGGGUGUGAUGAAGAUGUCUGCAGACAACAUAGAGAAGGUCAACAAGGGGAUCGGGAUCGAGAACGUUCAUUAUCUCAAUGACGGACUGUGGCACAUGAAGACAUAUAAGUAAUAACACUGUAAAACAUCUGUAUGUUAUUCAAAUCUAUGAACUGCCAGACACCACUCUUUGCCUGUCUGCUGUACAUCAACGGCAAACCACACUGAAGAUCCUGAACCCAGUGCACUAAUAAAACCUGCAUUCAAGCCAAAA